UUUUACUCCUGUCAUACUGGACAUGGCUGGAAACAAAGUGGACACUCUUACUGAAGAUGAUCUAAAAGGUUUUGCCUCAGUUCAAAAUGUGAGCUUUAGAAAUAACAGUAUACGCAACAUUACAGUGACGGCCUUCAAAGGUCUCACAGAACUGAGGUACUUGGAUCUGUCCGGAAACCUGGUAGAGAGAAUUGCAAAAGGCAUAUUCUCAUUCAUCCCAGAGCUCAGAGUGUUGGUGAUGUCCAACAACAGCGUCGCAAACCUUGAAGAAACUGUCUUUGGCUCACUGAAAAAACUGCAACAUCUCGACCUCUCACACAAUCACCUCAACCAUAUUUCAGAUGGAACAUUUGACUCGAAUGGACAAUUAAACUUCCUGCAUCUACGCCACAAUAAUAUUCAAAGUAUCAGUCGAGUCAUAUUUAAAACUCAACAUCAUUUGAAGCAUUUGGACGUUUCGGAAAAUAGAAUCCGUUUCGUGCAUCAAGACUCAUUUGUCUCUCUUUCUCAGCUGCAAUGGCUGUCCUUAUCGCACAACAAGAUAGAAACAUUAUCUGAGAAUUCUUUCGAGAGCCUAAGCCAGAUACAGCAUUUAGUGUUAUCCACAAACAAGAUAAAAGUUAUCAGUCCCCUGCUUUUUAAGAACUGCAGUCGGCUUGUAACUUUGUCAAUGGCACACAAUUAUAUAACAAGCCUGGCCCCACAAGCGCUAUACGGACUCUUCAGUCUGAAACAGCUAGACCUAUCACACAACAGACUCACUCGACUAGGUCCAGAAAUAUAUAUGGGAUCCGAACCGUUGCUCCCUCGCACUCACAAUCCCUCAGUCUGCUCCCCAUACAAAGCCCUCAGUUACAGUCUGCACGUUCUGAAGUUGGACAACAACGACAUCAGUUCUCUGGAUCCAUGUGUCUUUGUAGCGACACGUGAGCUUCGCGUCAUCGACUUGGGAGCAAACAAUUUAAGUGAACUGGAUUACAGGACCUUCCUUCCCUUAACGAGCGUCAGGAACAUCGACAUAAGCUUCAACAAUCUGAGCACAGUGGAUGACGAGACUGCAAAGUGGAUACGGGACGCUGGGACUCAUAUUAAUUUCACAGGAAAUCCUUGGAACUGUAAUUGUGACGUCAUCUACAGAGUCUACAAAGCAUUAGGCGUGGAAACAAGCAACAUCACGCUAGUAUGCCAAAGUCCUGCAGAAGUGAGCGGUAAGUCAUGGAGAAUCUUAGAAGACAAGUGUCAACCAUCACCGUCACCAUCAACAACAACAACGACGACGACGACAACAACAACUACAGUGACAACAGAAAUUACUGUGUCUGCCACAAAUGCUACAACAGAAGAGAAAUCUGUUGUGAGAGGCUCCAAAGUGGCCCCGUCUCGCACGUUUCCUAUCAUAAUCAUCACGGCGUUUGCUAUUGUUGCGUGCGUUAUUUUUGCAGCCGCCAUCUUGAAGAUACGGAAAGUCAGGAAACAUAAUGAAAAUCACUUGUGGUGGGAGGAUGAGGUCACAAGGAAAGAACUGAUGUCACAGUGACUGUGUGAUCAUUUAACCACGCUGCAUCAUCUGCAGAGCUGUGACGUCGUGCAACUUGGUACACACAUACCAAAUUUUCUGGAAGGACCGGCCGCCAUUUGCAUGAAAGCAUGGACUAAGCGGUGAUUUAUGCAGUAACGUGUGAAUCUUCACUGAAGACUGUAUUGUGUGUGUUUGUGAUUUCUCUAGCGACUAACUAACGCAGCAGGACGCUCAAACACAAAAUAAAGUGCAAUGAAGGAGGCGUAUAAAACAUUAGUAAUACUGGAAACAUCUGUGAAGAAUUGUUGAUGUUGUGCACAAUAAUCACAGUUACACUUCCUUGGCUACAUACUGUCACGUAUUUAGUGUCUAGACAUGGGGUUUUGAUUGGUAAAUGGAUUUACUGAACACCUGUAACAUGACUCACGACUCGCCGGCCUGGGGUCCUUGUGAUAUAGCCUCGGGGCGGACCCAAUAGAAAACAUCCCUUCCAACAGUUCUUCUAUUGUUGCGUGUGUCGGCUGCUGCGGUCAUGUGAUUUGGUUGCCUAGCAACGAUCGCCUAUUCUGGCUCCACAACUCAUUACACAAUUUCUGGGGUACCAGGCAAAGAACUGUCGUACAUCAACACGCUGCAUGAAUUUAUGGAGUACUCUAUUGUUUAUGCAAAUUCAUAUUUUUAUUACUUAUAAGAAUUCUUCUCUAUAAAGUAUAGCGGCAGACGGGUUCAAAACCACCGACCUGCAGAACAGAGUCUGGUGACACAGCAUACGAAGCUUGAGUAGCUAGGGUGACCAAGUAUUCCCAUUUCCGUUGCAA